AUGUUAAACUCAAAAUAUUUUCCAUGUAAAAUUGGAGAUCAAAAUUUUACUAUAGAAUUAACUACAUCAUCUUUAGAUCUUAUUAAUAAAGAAUAAAGAAUUACUUAUAAACUUUCUUUAAAACUAAUAAUAACUUGGAUUUUUUACGGAGAUAAAAUAAUUGGGUUUAAAAUCGAAAAUUUAGAAGUAGAGGGCACAACAGAAGAUAUGGUUAAAUUAAAGAUGAGUUUAGGGUGUCUAGUAACUUUUAAAGGAAUUUUAAAAUUUUAUACUUUUCAAUAAACUAUUUACCUAAACGAAAACAAUACAACAAAAGUAUGAUUUCAUAAAAAGAAUUUAGAUUUGUUAACUAAUUAGUAAUAGAAAUUUUAGAAUUUAUGCUUGCAAAUGUUAUAAGAAAUGCAAUCGAUCAAUCGAAAACAUUCAUGAUGAAAUAAAUUUAAUACUAAAACUUCAAGAACAUAGAUUCAUUCCAAUGAUAUAUGAAGUAUAUGAAUCCAGUUCUUGUGUAUAUCUUAUAAUGGAGCAUUUAUAUAGGCAUUUUGAUAAUGACUUUACUGAUGAAGAGAUUAAAAUCAUUGUUUAUGUAUGUUUUAUAAUUGAAUAAGAAUUUACUAUCAUCAAUAAAAAGACUUGAAAAAUUGUUUAUAGCUCAUAAAAGUAUUUCAAGAUCACACAUUAUGUUUGAUGAAGAAAAUUAGUUAAAACUAAUUGGAUUUAGCAAUGCAGUUACAUAAAAAACAACUAAUCAUGAGUUUGAGCUGGACAUUUUUAAAGUAGGAUCUUUAAUGUAUAAAUUGUAUAUAUAUAUAAAUAAAAUAAGUUACAAAAGAAGUAUGUAAGAAGAUUAAGAUGAUUUUCCAGAAAUUCCAGAUUUUGGAAAUGAUCUAAUGAAAAAUCUUCUUGAAAACUAAUCUUUUUAUAGAUUUAAUAUUGAUUCAGCAUUAUAACAUUAGUAUUUUAAAUCUUUAAAUGGAGAUGGGAUUGAUAAAGGUAUUAUUUUUAUUUAUUAAGAAAUUUUAUAAAUGAACCCUAAAUUUAAAGACAAAAUUGAAGAAACUUAAUAUUAUCAAACUAAAACCUAUGAUAAUACUCUGUUAUCUUUAACAAAAUAAUAAUAAUAUUUCCAAAUAGAUUUAUCAACAGAAUUAUAAAACUGA